GGAAUAUUUUUUGACCUUGUGUUUUGUUUGUUCAUCGAUUUGUAAAGUUAGACUGCAAUUGUAAGGCUUCUAUUCUACCUGAUUGGAUGGUCUAUAAAAUAAUAAACUUCUAAAAUUAUAGUGAAUUGUGUGUUCAAUAAUAAAUCAAGCAAUUGCCACUUGUGUUCGACUUUUUUCCUCGACUUUUCUUUCAUAAUGUCUGACAAUAUUGAUGAAUUCUUCGAAGCCGCCCUAUCUUUAGUGAAGACCGCCGGAAACCUCAUAACGGAGUACAGAGAGGGUUGUAAACUAUUCGAACUGAAGUCGUCAGAUAUCGAUUUAGUCACAGAAAUUGAUAAAAAGGUCGAAGAAACUCUUAUCAAUGGUCUAUCGAACAAAUUCCCCGAUCACAAGUUUAUUGGUGAAGAGACAGUUUCUGAUGGUGGCAAGUGCGAGUUGACUGAUGAUCCGACGUGGGUGAUCGACCCAGUGGACGGUACAAUGAAUUUCGUGCAUGGAUUCCCCCAUAGUUGUAUAUCAGUUGGGUUAAUGAUCAACAAAGUUGGUGUUGCGGGCAUCGUGUACAACCCUAUUCUCCAACAGUUGUUUACAGCAAAGAAAGGUCAAGGGGCUUAUUUAAAUGGCAAGCCAAUUCAUGUAUCUCAAAUGACAGAACUGAAGAAAGCUUUGAUUACAUUCGAGACGGGUACGAGCAGAGAUGAAGAAAGGUAUAAGGCGAUGUUAGAAAAUUUCCAAUUAAUUGUCAACAAGGGUCAUGGAGUGAGAUCAUUGGGUUCUGCAGCUUUGAACAUGUGUAUGGUAGCGCUGGGUGGGGCUGAUGCUUACUUCGAGUUUGGUAUUCAUGCUUGGGACAUUGCUGCUGGUGCUGUGAUAGUUAGAGAGGCAGGUGGAGUUUGCAUAGACCCUGCUGGAGGGCCUCUUGAUGUCCUAUCCCGUAGAGUGCUGGCUGCUGGCACCACAGAACUAGCUCAGGAGCUAGCACAGACUCUAGUACAAUUUUAUCCAGAGAGGGAUUAAAUUUCUAAAAAUAUUGAUUAUGUACUAUUUUAAUUUGACAAUAUUGUAAAAAUAAAUGUAUGUAAAUUAAAAAACAAA